CACUGAUGGGUGAUAUUGAAAGGCAGCUCAGAAGGGCACUGAUAUGUGGCAUUGAUGUGCACUGGUAUGCACUGAUAUGUGGCAUUGAUGUGGCACUGAUGGGCACUGAUAUGUGGCAUUGAUGUGGUACUGAUGGGCACUGGCACUGAUGAGCACUGACAGGAGGCACUUCUGGGGCCACACUGAUCAUCAGGGCACACUGAUCAUCACUGUCAGCGGGACAGCUCGAGAGGAGAAAAAUGCCAAUAACCGGCAUUUCCGUGUUUACAUGUGAUCAGCUGUGAUUGG